GCGGCGAACUGUCGCGCGGCGAACUGGCGGCGGCGAACUGUACUCGACCCUGACGAAGGUAUUCGCUUUCGUGGGUAUUCGAUUCCUGAGUGCCAGAAGCUCUUGCCUGCAGCUGAAGGGGGAGCUGAACCACUUCCUGAAGGUCUCUUUUGGCUCCUCUGCACUGGUGAUAUUCCAUCCAAAGCCCAGGUUGAUGCUCUGUCAAGGGAAUGGGCCAACCGUGCUGAUCUCCCACCUCAUGUCGUGAAUAUGCUCAAUAAUUUCCCCUCCAGUCUUCAUCCAAUGGCCCAGUUUUCUGCUGCAGUCACUGCCUUGAGCUCUGAAAGUAAAUUUUCAAAAGGCUAUGGGGAAGGUGUUCAUAAGAGCAAGUAUUGGGAGCUGUGCUUUGAUGACUCCAUGGAUUUGAUUGCUAAACUACCCACAGUAGCUGCUACUAUUUACCGUAAUUUGUAUCGAGAUGGAACCAGCAUCGGUGCAAUUGAUCCUGCGAAGGAUUGGUCUGCAAACUUCACUGCUAUGUUGGGAUAUGACGACCCACAGUUCACUGAACUUAUGCGACUCUAUCUUACUAUUCAUAGUGAUCAUGAAGGUGGCAAUGUUUCUGCACAUACAACCCAUCUUGUUGGAUCUGCCUUGUCUGACCCAUACCUCUCAUUUGCUGCUGGUAUGAAUGGGCUUGCUGGACCAUUGCAUGGUUUAGCCAACCAGGAGGUACUGCUUUGGUUAACCAAGUUACGUUCUGAUAUUGGUGAUGAUGUAACGGAAGACCAGCUGAAGGAGUUCAUCUGGAAGACCUUGAAAUCAGGCCAGGUUGUUCCAGGAUAUGGACAUGCUGUUCUACGUAAAACAGAUCCAAGGUACGCAUGUCAGCGAGAGUUUGCUCUCAAGCACCUUCCAGAUGACAAGAUGUUCAAGCUGGUGGCAAAAGUCUACAACGUAGUGCCCCCAAUUCUCACAGAAUUGGGCAAGGUGAAGAACCCAUGGCCAAAUGUUGAUGCCCACUCAGGUGUUUUACUGCAGCAUUAUGGCAUGACUGAGAUGAACUAUUACACGGUGCUAUUUGGCGUCUCUCGAGCUCUAGGCGUUCUCUCUUCUCUUGUCUGGGACCGUGCUCUUGGCCUUCCUAUUGAGAGGCCCAAGUCCAUGAGUACAGAAGGUUUAAUGAAAUUAGUUGGUGCUGCUGCCAAGGCUGGAUAAGAAGUCUUCAAUUUUUUUGUCAAGUU